AUAAGUUGAAAAUGAGCGGUAGAGGUAAAACUGGCGGUAAAGCUCGUGCGAAGGCUAAAACUCGCUCAUCCAGGGCAGGACUGCAGUUCCCCGUCGGCCGUGUGCACAGACUGCUCCGCAAAGGAAACUACGCUGAGCGCGUCGGUGCCGGUGCUCCAGUUUAUCUGGCCGCUGUGCUCGAGUAUCUCACCGCUGAGAUCCUGGAGUUGGCCGGAAACGCCGCUCGGGACAACAAGAAGACUCGUAUCAUUCCCCGUCACCUGCAGCUGGCAGUGCGGAACGACGAGGAGUUGAACAAACUCUUGGGUGGAGUGACCAUCGCUCAGGGUGGUGUGCUGCCCAACAUCCAGGCUGUGCUGCUGCCCAAGAAGACCGAGAAACCCGGCAAGACCAAGUAAACGGACUGCAGUCUGUUUCACUGAAACACAAAGGCUCUUUUAAGAGCCACACACUUGAACUAUAAGAGAGGGAUUGUUCUUCUACUCAAACGUUUAAUUAAUCGUACUACACACUUGAAUGAAAUAAAGUGCAACACUUAAUGUGAGUGAACUACAGAUUAUUUUUCUGUUUUUAGCACGAAUA